AUGAUAAGUAAAUUAGAAACACUACCAUAUGAAAUAUUACUUGAUAUAUUUUCCUAUUUAUCAUGGGAUAAAAUACUAAUAUCAUUAUGGUCAAUAAAUCGACGUAUUAAUUAUGUUAUUUAUUCAGUAUUUUCAAUGAAAAAUAGUGGAAUUGUUUUUAAUCAAUCAGAUUUA